CAAAACCAACUCUCUGCAAGGCAAGCACGAAACAUGCUCAAAGUAAUCGAUGCACAGACCUUCGUCUGUACAGACUCAAGUGCUCUAAAAAAUCUCUGCGCUCAACUGGAGAAGCUGUCAGAAGAACUUGCGAAAAGUCUGCCCACUGAUGAGUCUGGCUUGGUUAUCCAAGAGGCGUCUUCAUUCACCUUGAACCAACACUUUAGCGCCAGGCGCAGACUGCACGAAACAUAUAGCACUGCUGUCCCUGAUCCAGCCUUGGAGUCAGGGCAUGCCAAGCGUGGUCGACCUGCAGUCGAAAGACACCUCAGGUGUCGUGUCGGAGUUUCCGGAGAGACUGAGCGGAGGCAGUUCCUACAAGCUCAACAGCGUGAGAAAGCCUCGACAAGACCUGGUUCCGUCACAUUGACAGCAUUGACGGGAAGCAGUUCAAUACAACAGGCUGCAGCUCCCGAACCUGCGCGUUUACUUCACUCUGCAGGAGCCACGUUGUAUCCAAUGCCUGCUACGUCUGUACCAGUAUUCGCAACAGAUGGGCUACAGCAAAGGACAAGAUGCAAUACAGGUCCGCAGCAGCCUAAGUGCUGUAACCCCAGCUGCGCAUUUCCGCAGCUACCGACCAAGCCGUGCCGCAACAACAACUGCUCUCAUGUGUUUCACCAUGUUUGCAGUACGCACGACAUGGGAACAUACUGCAGGCAUUGUCGUGUGAACGAUUGGUGAUGCAUGCUUGGGCGUUUGUGCGUAUGCCGUAUCCAUGCCAUCGACACGUGGACUUAUGUAAUAGGCCUUGUUAUUUAUUUGCUUUCCUGGAACCUUAGCUGGUACGCUCUCUUUGGCUUUUGUCUGUCACAUUAUUUAAAAGACUGGUGCAUGCGGGUGCGUCAACCUCGUGGCUGCGACUGGAUAUCACGAUAUGCCUCCGUGUGUGUGUGUGCGUGUGUGUGUGUGUGCGUGUGUGUGUGAGAGAGAGAGAGAGAGAGAGUAUGUCUAGGUAUACGUGCGGGCAUGCGUAAGGCUAAUUGUUAGAAGUAUGUGCAUGCAUGCUGAAGAUUGUGUUGGUGCUUCUCUCUGCUCAAGUAACUGUAUGUAGCUGGACUUGUCACGUUGUCUGUGUUGUGUACGCAUCACUUUGUCUGCACUGGUGCCGUGACAGUCGAUUGCUUUGAUUCAUGCUGGCUGGCUCUUUAUAUAGUUCCGUUGUACCGGCGCUGCAGCUAGCGUAGCCUGUGUGUGCAGCCCUAUAUGCACGUGCUGAGUUUACAGUCUUCUCUCGAGUGGUAAUUAUUAACACUAAUUCUGUUGGUGGACUCUGAGAAUGAAUACUUCAACAAUGAU